AGCGAGGCUGUAAGGGGAGAAACCCAGCAAGGGGAUGGGGUCCGAAGCCAUCCCCACCCGCGGGUGCUCCCUGCAGCCUCUCACCUCCGGGGGGUGCUCGCCGUUCUCGUCAGCGCUGCAAUGAAAUUUCCUGUGUGUGUGCGAGUCCGGCUGGCGCUGCGGGGCUGCUCAGAGCGUGCGGUGGCUCCGCAGAGGCCACCUCGGUGUCCCCUGUCCCCCUGCCACCAUGGGGACAGCGAACCCCCGGACCGGGCUGCUCCUGGCUGCGCUCUGCCUGCUGGCUUCCCACGGAGGAAGGGCAGCAGCUUUCCUGAUCAGCACCCCCUACUCGCUGUUCGUGUGCCCCGAGGGCCAGAACGUCACCCUGAGCUGCCGCAUCAGCGGCGCCCUGGCCGAGCGCCACGACCUGCUCUACAAAACCUGGUACUUCAGCAGCACGGGCGACCAGAGCUGCUCCGACAAGAGGCACGUCCGCAACGUCACCGAGAAGGAGCUGCACCACGACCUGGCCAGGCACCACAACGGCUCCCAGAAAUCCCCCCUGGGCCGGCACCGCGGCGUGGAGUUCGUGCCCGACCGCCACGGCGCCUUCCACAUCGUGGUGAUGAACCUGACGCUGCAGGACAGCGGGAAUUACUGCUGCUACGCCGUGGAGGUCAGGAGGGAAGGGCACGGCAAGCCGCACACCAUGCAGGUGGCUCACGGCUUCGUGGAGCUGCAGAUCCAGCCAGGCAAAGGAGGGCUUCAAAACUGCACAUUUCACACUGCCACCGGCAAAGAUAUCACGGCCGCCGCGCUGGCCACGGGCGCCUGCAUCGUGGGCAUCCUCUGCCUGCCCCUCAUCCUGCUCCUCAUUUACAAGCAGAGACAAGCUGCCACCAGCAGACGUGCCCACGAGCUUGUCAGGAUGGAUAGCAGCGCCCAGGGCAUCGAAAACCCCGUGUUCGAGGCGGUGCCGCCGGCGGGCGCGGAGCCACGGCCUCGGCCCCAGCUGUCCUACGUGGCCAGCAGGCUGCCCUCAGAGUCUGGCAGGCACCUGCUCUCGGAGCCCAGCACCCCCCUGUCCCCCCCUGGCCCCGGGGAUUGCUUCUUCCCCACCCUGGAUCCUGUUCCCGACUCACCGAAUUCCUUGAAAGCCUAAAGACCCCAGAGGAAACCACACAUCCUGGAGACCAAGACAACAGCCCCAGGAGGGUGGCAGGUCCAGGGGCAGCAAGGCCUUAGGAAAUGAAGCUGUGUGCAGGAUUCCUGCCCUGGUCUCCCAUCCUGCCACUGCUCUGGGACUGGAAGCAAACCUCUCCUGCUCGGAUCUCGAUUUUUAACUGCGUGGCUCUGUACUGCUCACGUUUUACAGACUGGCUGAAAACUGAGGAUGUGGGGAUGAUGGAAGGAUGUCCUGCACCUGCAGACUUCCCUGAGGAUUAACUUAUUGCCAGGGUCUGAGCUCUGCAACAUCAACACGUUUCUGGAUCCUUGACUGAACAUCCUCUCUGGGAGUGGAUGGUAAAAUACUUUACUCAGCAUGGAACAAAACAGGAUCACCAGCCAACCUUGUACUACCUUUUUCUCUGCAAAACAGGAAGGGGAGAGGCUCCCUGCUGCCACCAGAGCCUUCUUUCCUUACCAGCCUUUUGAAAUGGCCAUGGACUUGUGGUGCUGCUGUCUUUUCAGCAGGACACAUGUUGGGAGGAGCCUCAUUUCUGCUGCGGUUUUAUCCUUGGCUUGGGAUCCGGGCAAUUUAUCUUUCUGUUUGUUUCAUUAUCAGUGCUGAUUAAAAGGGAA